AUGGAGGCUGGCAAGCGAGGGGGGAAGGGGAGGAGGAGGAUCGAGAUCAAGAGGAUCGAGAGCAGAGAGGCGCGUCAGGUGACCUUCUCGAAGCGCCGCGCUGGGCUUUUCAAGAAGGCGGCCGAGCUCUGCGUCCUCUGCGGCGUACAGGCCGCCGCCGUCGCCUUCUCCCCCGGCGGCAGGCCCUACGUCUUCGGAGAUCCCUCAGUGGACGGGAUAAUGGACCGGUUCUUGGGCGUUCAGAUGCCUCCUGCUUCCAACUCGCUGCCUAGCGCUGCCGGCGAGGAGUUCCGCAGAGACGAGGCCAUGUCGUCGGGCGAGGGACGUGACGAAGAAAACGCCGCCGUGUGGGAAGAGCAAAUCGAGCGAUUCGGGCUGGAGGAGCUCGCGCGUCUGAGCGAUGCCAUCUUGGAUGCGAAGCGUAGCGUGAAGCUGGCGAGGGAUGCAGAGAUCACAUCCUGGUUGGAGACGGAGUUCCCUCUAGAUUCAAUGUUGCAGCAGAUGAACCGCAUGAAAGACACGUCCAUCGGAACUUCGGCGGCCAUUGAUUCACUUGGACUUCCGUUGUUUUGA